CAAAACUCUAACUGCUUCUGCUUCAUCCAUCUCUCUCUUUAUAUGUUUCUAACUUUUCUCUUCUCUAUUCAUUUCUAGAUUCCAUAAUAAUACAUAUUCUUCCCAAUAAAAAUCUUAACCAUGGUGGCUAAGAAAGUUGAGAUGAAAGUGGACAUCAACUGUGGGAAAUGCAAAAAUGCAAUCAUGCAAGCUGUUGCAGAGAUAGAAGGUGUGAAUCAGGUUGUACUGGAUGAAGAGAAGAGCUUGCUUACGGUGGUUGGCACGAUGGAUCCAAUCUGCGUUGCAGAAAAGCUAUGGAAGAUCAAACAAAAACCAGUAGUAGUCAACAUUGGACCACCAAAACCUCCAGAGGCCAAAACAGAACCGAAGCCAGUGUGUUGUAAGCCUUGCCCUCCGUAUUGCCCUCCAACGUAUUGCCCUCCUCCGUAUUGCCCUCCAUACUACAACAACAACUGUGACAUGGUAACAGUUAGUACCUAUAGUAACGGAAGCGGCUGCACCAUUGUUUGAAUCCUCUUUCCAUCUCUUUAGCCUUCAUGUAAAAAUCCUUCAGUUUGUAGCCAAGACAGAACUUUAUGUUAUCAUGUUUCAUAUAUCUUUAUGAUGAAUCUUUGUUAUAUUGGCACCUAUC